AUGGCCACUAUUAUGCAAAAAGCAAAUACCCUGCGCAAGGCGCUGAAUACCGGCUCCGGCCUCUCGUUCGGCGCGUGGCAGAUGCUGCCGGGCUCGCACCUGUCGCGGACCAUUGCACGGUCGGGCUUCGACUGGAUCUGCAUUGAUUGCGAGCAUGGCAAUAUUGCGGACAACGAGAUGCACGAGUCGGUCCACGCCGUUGCCGCGUGCAACGUCAGCCCCAUUGUGCGCAUCCCCGCCAACGAGGGCUGGAUGGUCAAGCGCGCCCUCGACGCCGGCGCCCACGGCAUCAUCGUGCCCUUGCUGUACAGCGCCGACGACGCCAAGAGGUUGGUGCAGACGGCAAAGUUCCCGCCGUACGGCAAACGCGGUUUCGGCAGUCCCUUCUCCAUGGGCGCGUUCGACGGCACAGGCGACCUUUCUGGGUUCGACUACAUGAACAACGCCAACGAGAAUCUCUUGACCAUUGUGCAGAUCGAGACCAAAGAGGCUUUGGACUGUGUCGAAGAAAUCGCAAAAGUGGACGGCAUUGACGUGCUCUUCAUCGGACCCUGGGAUUUGGGAAACAACAUCGGAUACCCGGUCAAAGGCGACUUCAGCCCCGAACUGAAAGCGGCGAUUGCGAGAAUAUUAAAGGCGGCACAAGACGCCGGGAAAAAGUCCGGCAUAUACUGCCCCUCGGGCGAGGUGGCGCGACAGUAUGCCGACAUGGGAUUCCAGAUGAUCUCGGUGGUGAACGACAUGACGGCGGUGCCGGUAUUCAUGGCAGAGUCACUCUCCAAGGCCAAGGGGUCGUUUGGGCACGCGGCUGCCCAGGCCGUCAAGGGCGCGGCAUAUGGGGCGGCGAAUCUCGUGACGCAGGAGAAGUAG